AUGGGAACCUUAGGGAAGAGGAAGGAGAACCCGAAACCUGCACAAGGAUGCAGCACUGCCCCUAAAACAGCACUUGAACUGAAGCAGAUCAGUCGUUGUGCCUCCCAUUCAAAUCCUACCCAGAUUACUGAGUUCAGAAUAAUGAUGCCUUUGGGACACUUAGCCAAAGGCGCCAGCCUGGAGAACCUCAUUGAAACCUGCCUUCAGUCUUUUGAUUCAGAGGGAAACCUAUAUCAAAACAACCAGCUGCUACAGAUAACACUGACCAUGCACAGAGUUAUCAUCCCCUCUGAGGAUGUGCUCCGAAAACUAAUUGAUCUAUAUCUGGAUGCUUUAGAAAAGAAAUCUGGGCUUUGUGUAAAGAUAUGCUAUUUUGUAAGGUAUUGGAUAACAGAGUUCUGGAUCAUGUUCAAAAUGGAUUCUAGUCUAAUUAACACCAUGGAGGAAUUUCAGAAAUUGGUGAGAGCUAAUGGUGAGGAGUUACACUGUCGCCUAAUUGACACAACUCAAAUAAAUUCCCGGGAUUGGUCCCGAAAGCUUACACAGCGGAUAAAGCCCAACACCAGUAAGAAAAGGAAAGUCUCACUUCUCUUUGAUCAUCUAGAGCCGGAAGAGCUAUCAGACCACCUCACCUACCUUGAAUUUAAGUCCUUCCGAAGAAUAUCAUUCUCAGAUUACCAGAAUUACAUUGUAAACAGCUGCGUAAAGGAGAAUCCAACAAUGGAAAGGUCCAUUGCUCUUUGUAAUGGUAUCUCCCAAUGGGUACAACUAAUGGUACUCAGUAGGCCAACACCACAGCUUCGGGCUGAAGUGUUCAUCAAGUUUAUUCAUGUUGCACAGAAGCUCCACCAGUUGCAGAAUUUCAAUACUUUAAUGGCAGUGAUAGGAGGUCUCUGUCACAGCUCUAUCUCCAGACUCAAGGAAACAAGUUCUUAUGUUCCUCAUGAGGUCAACAAGGUGUUUAAUGAAAUGACAGAACUGCUCUCAUCUUAUAGGAAUUAUGACAAUUAUCGACGUGCCUACAAUGAGUGCACUAACUUUAAGAUCCCAAUCCUUGGGGUCCACUUGAAAGACCUGAUCUCCCUUUAUGAGGCCAUGCCAAAUUACUUAGAGGACCAAAAAAUUAAUGUGCAUAAACUACAGUCUCUGUAUAACCACAUAAAUGAACUGAUACAACUCCAGGAGAUGGCACCUCCCUUAGACGCUAAUAAGGAUCUUGUUCAUCUGCUCACGCUGUCACUUGAUCUUUACUACACUGAAGAUGAAAUAUAUGAACUAUCGUAUGCACGAGAGCCAAGAAGCCACCGAGCUGCACCUUUGACACCUUCCAAACCACCAGUAGUUGCAGACUGGGCCUCAGGCAUAGCUCCAAAACCUGAUCCAAAGACCAUCAGCAAGCAUGUUCAGAGAAUGGUGGAUUCUGUCUUCAAAAAUUAUGACCAUGAUCAGGAUGGAUACAUUUCUCAGGAAGAAUUUGAAAAGAUUGCAGCCAGCUUCCCAUUCUCAUUUUGUGUCAUGGACAAGGACAGGGAAGGUCUGAUUAGCAGGGAUGAAAUAACAGCUUACUUUAUGAGGGCUAGCUCGAUCUAUUCUAAAUUAGGUCUUGGCUUUGCUCACAACUUCCAAGAGACCACUUACCUAAAGCCUACGUUCUGUGACAACUGUGCUGGAUUUCUCUGGGGAGUUAUUAAGCAAGGAUAUAGAUGCAAAGACUGUGGAAUGAACUGUCACAAGCAAUGCAAAGACCUGGUUGUAUUUGAGUGCAAGAAAAGAUCCAAAAGCAUGACUGCAGAUAACAGCCCGACCUCAGCCCUCGCUUCUAGCCUCUGCCCUGUAGGAGUCAAAGAGCAAUUCCAUGGGCAGGAGGAAGGACCAUUUACAUUUCCUAAUGAAGAAGUGGCUGAACACAAUGAAGAGAGCAAGGACCGAACAAUUAUGCUUAUGGGUGUCUCAUCACAAAAAAUCUCAGUGAGAGUGAAGCCAGCUGUUCUCGACAAGAGCACACAGACUGAGCCAGCACUGGCAAAUAGCGCUGUACCCAGUAGGCAGAUGGAGAAUGAGCAUGGGAUGCCAUCGGAAAGUAUUUAUCUACAGCCCGCAACACCAUCUCCAUGCCCAAGCCCAGUUCUAAGCCGCAAAAAGGCUUAUGUAAAAUGGGAAAACAAAGACUCAAGUCAGAAACGAAAGGAUGAGCAGCGCAUCUAUAAACCCUCGUACCAGGAAGUGGAGCAGGAAAGAAAUAUUCUAAAGGCAGAAAAUGAAGCUUUAAAGAUUCAGCUUAAACAGGCACACAAAACAAUUGAAUCUCUCAGUAUUCAACGCAGAAAUCAUGUCUUGGACAAUACACAACACAGAGACUGCGCGUAG